AUGAGCCCGCCCGCGCCCCGGCUCUCCGUGCCGGCCGCGCUGGCCCUGGGCUCGGCCGCGCUGGGCGCCGCCUUCGCCGCCGGCCUCCUCCUGGGGAGGCGGGGCCCGCCCUGGCGAUCCCGGCGGGAGCGGCGCCUGCUGCCCCCCGAAGACAGCCCCCUGUGGCGGUACCUGCUGAGCCGCUCCAUGCGGGAGCACCCGGCGCUGCGGAGCCUGCGGCUGCUGACCCUGGAGCAGCCGCAGGGAGACUCCAUGAUGACCUGUGAGCAGGCGCAGCUGCUGGCCAACCUGGCGCGGCUCAUCAAGGCCAAGAAGGCGCUGGACCUGGGCACGUUCACAGGCUACUCCGCCCUUGCGCUGGCCUUGGCGCUGCCCCCGGCCGGGCGCGUGGUGACCUGCGAGGUGAACCCGGGGCCCCCGGAGCUGGGGCGGCCGCUGUGGAGGCAGGCCGAGGAGGAGCACAAGAUCGAGCUGCGGCUGAAGCCUGCCCUGGAGACCCUGGACGAGCUCCUGGCCGCGGGCGAGGCCGGCACCUUCGACGUGGCCGUGGUGGACGCCGACAAGGAGAACUGCGCCGCCUACUACGAGCGCUGCCUGCAGCUGCUGCGCUCCGGAGGCGUCCUGGCCGUGCUCAGCGUCCUGUGGCGCGGGGAGGUGUUACAGCCUCAACCGCGGGACGUCCAAGCCCGGUGUGUGCAAAACCUGAACGAGCGCAUCCUGCGGGACGCCAGGGUUCACAUCAGCCUCCUGCCUCUGGGCGACGGCCUCACCUUAGCCUUCAAGAUCUAGAGAGUGGCCUCAAGGGGACCCGGGAACCCCAGACCUCAACUGAGUUUUAAAUUUGACAAUAAAGUGGGGGCCUGGGACACGA